AUGUUUAAAUGCGAACAGUGUCCGUCGGUUUUCACCGCAAAACGUAGUUUGAUUAGACAUGAAAAAACUCAUGCGGGCAUACGUUUCCCGUGCACUGCUUGCCCAUCGGCAUUCUCAUACAAAAACAACCUCAGCAAACAUCUAAAGAACAUUCAUGGUAUCGUAAACGUUCCGCCUCACUUGAGGCCUAUACCUGCUGCCCCAAUCACCACUCAACCAGCUCCAGCUCAACAGGUCCAGAUUGCUCCGCAAAUAUUUGUACCUGAUGCCCCGGCCGGUGGCUCUAACAUGUUAACCGAAGACGAAAUAUGUAUGAAUGCAAUGGAUGAAUUUGAGGAUACAGAUUCUUACACCGUUACCGUCAACGGGAAACGUGUUUCGACUGCCAACACCACCUCAGCUGCUAGGGCAAAAAAGACGCGUAUGGAUAUGGUGAAGGUCCCCGGGUUCGUAGAAAUUUUGUCGUCUGCGAGCCGUAAAAUCGUAUGGUACUAUGUAAAAAAUAUAGGAAAUACAACGAUUUAUUCCGACUUUCUUCGACCCCUCAUGCCCGAGAUUGAAAAUUUAUUAAAUACCAGAGUUCAGCAAGGGCCAAUAAAAUUUAAUUUGAAACUCGAGGCUACGUACAACCGGCCCAACGUCCCCAAUUCGUCGGAGAACCGGGCAUUUAAGACAGUGGCAGUAGAAAUUUUCUCAGAUAGUGACAUUAGUACGAUCAUUGAGAGGGCGUAUAUAAAGUUGUUGAAGGAGGAGGAGGAGUAUAAGUCGCGCGGUAGUGGAUUUACUCUGGAGACAAUAGACGGCUUAUUAUUAGGAAUAUACAAUUACACACCAUUGACUGGGUCGUCAUAUAUUGAAUUACCGGCGUAUAUCGAUAGGAAGCGGGCUACGAUAAACCCACAAAAUACGGACCAGCAGUGCUUUAAGUGGGCAAUAUUGGCGAGACAUGUGACUGGGCCGUCGGCAUUUCGUAUCGGAGAAAAUUAUAAAAAACACGAGGGGAAAUAUAAUUUUGACGGUAUUUCGUUCCCUACACCUUUAUCGGAUAUCUCCAAAUUCGAAAAAAAUAAUAUCAACGUGUCCAUUAACGUCUAUGGAGUAGAGAAAAAGUUCCAGCCACCGCGUAAAUAUCCGACGUACGAGGUGUAUCCGUUACGUGUGAUCGACGAGGAGAAAUCAGACCAUUUUGACUUGUUGUUGGUGACGGACGGAGACACAUCGCAUUAUAUAUAUAUCUCAAAUUUUUCGCGGCUCGUACGUGCGCAGAAAACGAGACACAAUGGGGGUGUCAUUUUUUGUAAAAGGUGCUUCACGUCAUUCGACAGUCAAAAUUGUAAAUACAAGCUGAGCGGACAGGAGGCCCUGGACCAACACAAAUUGAUUUGCGAGGCGCACAAACCAAUUUUACCCGAGAUGCCGAAGGAGGGUGAUUGUGUUGAGUUCAGGGCUUGGAAAAAAACGGUUAGGCAUCCGUUUGUAAUAUACGCAGAUUUUGAGUCAUUGUUGGUGAAGACGGAGGAAAAGAGGGGUGAUAGUACCACAGUUACGCAGAAACACGAAGCUAUGAGCUACGGGUUUUUGGUGAAGGCGAGCGAUGACGUACCGGUGGAAUUAUUGGCGGAGUACGAGAUACCGGCGGGGCCGGUAAUCUAUAGAGGCAGCGAAGACAGGACGGAUGUGGCGAAACAUUUUGUGGAGUCGAUUGUUGAUGUGUCCCUGAAAAUCGAAAAUCUGAUGAAGACGAAUACCCCCAUAAUCAUAAGCGAGGACGAAGAAAAAACACAUCAAGAGUGUAUAGAGUGUAACUUAUGCAAAUGCAUAUUAGUCGGGGGCGAUAAGGUUAGGGAUCAUGAUCAUUUAACGGGCGAAUUUAGGCAGACCUUGUGCUCUAGAUGUAACUUAGAGUUACAACAACCUAAAUUUGUCCCUGUCUUUUUUCAUAAUCUCACAAACUACGACUCGCACUUCAUAAUCACUGAACUUGGUUAUGAUACUCAGACUAUCAACGUUAUUCCGAACAGUGAGGAGAAAUUUAUAUCUUUUACGAAACAUAUAAGUAGUACCUUCACUGUUCGGUUUAUCGACACGUUCAGGUUUAUGGCGUCGAGUUUAUCGUCCCUGGCCGAAAAUUUAAUUACACCUGAACAUGACAACUUCCGUGAGACAGCCAAACAUUUUGUCGCCGGAGAUAUGCCGCUCGUGACUCGUAAGGGGGUGUACCCGUACGAGUACACGGAUAGUUGGGAGCGGUUGGAGGAGACGAGAUUACCGAGUAAGCGAGAUUUUUAUAGUACAUUGACAGAGACCGGGAUUAAGGAGAAGGAGUUUGAGCACGCGAAGGAGGUCUGGGACCACUUUGAUUGUGAGACGCUCGGGGAUUAUAGUGAUCUUUACUUGAAAAUUGACGUGUUACUGCUGGCGGACGUUUUUGAGAACUUUCGUGAUGUAUGCAUGAGGACGUACAACUUGGACGCCGCACAUUAUUUUACAGCCCCCGGCUUAAGUUUUGAUGCAAUGCUUAAGUUCACGGGGCAAAAGUUACAGUUAUUACACGAUUACGACAUGUUGCUGAUGUUCGAGAAUGGUAUACGCGGUGGAUUGGUGCAGGCGAGCAAACGGUACGCAAAGGCGAAUAAUAACAAGACCCCGGGCUACGAUGACACUAAGGAGAAAUCGUGGAUUAUUUAUCAGGACUGUAACAACUUGUACGGAUGGGCUAUGUCGCAGUACAUGCCGUACGGUGGGUUCAACUGGGUUGAACCUACGUUAAACGGAUUGGAUGAUUUGGACGAUACCUCCCCCAUAGGGCGAGUGUAUGAGGUGGAUGUAUCAUACCCACAAAAUUUACACGACAGGCAUAAUGACCUCCCCUUCCUGCCACAAAAUAGUGUGCCACGUGGAUCGAAGGUCAGAAAGUUGAUGGGAACGUUCGAGGAGAAAAAAAAUUAUAUUGUUCACUACCGUAAUCUACAGCAAGCGAUUAAAAAUGGAUUAAUAGUUGAAAAAGUACAUAGAGUGAUACAAUUUAACCAGUCGGAUUGGCUGGCUAAAUAUAUUAAAUUGAACACCGAGAUGAGGAAGAAGGCGAGGAAUGAUUUUGAAAAGGACUUUUUUAAGCUGAUGAACAACGCUGUAUUUGGUAAAACAAUGCAAUCGAAGAGGAAGGAGAUGAAGAUGGAGUUAGUGUCAUGCGAAAGAAGGUUACAGAAACUAAUAAAUAAGAGCACAUUCAAACACUGUACAAAUUAUAAUGAGGACCUUAACGCUGUAGCAUUGGAAAAUAAAAUUAUUAAAUUUGACAAACCUAUAUAUAUUGGAUUCGCUGUACUGGAUGUAUCAAAAACGCUAAUGUACGAUUACCACUACAAUGUGAUGCAGACACAUUAUGGUGAUAAUAUUAAACUUAUGUACACUGAUACAGAUUCACUAGUUUAUCAUAUUCAGACGGAUGAUUUUUAUGUAGACUUAGCGGCUAACAGUAGCUUGUUGGACCGGAUGGACACCGCUAACUUACCCACUGACCAUCCGUGUUAUGUGGCAAGCAGAAAGAAGAACCCGGGGUUCUUCUCCGAUGAGGUGGAUGCUAAUAUUAUAACAGAAUUUUGUGCGCUGAGGGCAAAAUCAUAUGCUUUCAACAUAUAUGCUGGACCAGAAGACAGAGUAGGAGGAGGAGAGAAAAUUAAAGCGAAGGGUAUCAGGUCUCAUGUGGUUAAAAACCACAUGACAUUGGAAGAUCAUAGGAAGUGUUUGUUUGGGGAAGAAGGAGUAGAGUUAUACACAGAUAAUGUUUCAAUUAGGUCGUUUAACCACCAACUUGUAACGCUAAAAACUAAGAAAUUGACAUACAACAGUUAUGAUGACAAGAGGGUGGUACUAGAAGAUAAAGUCCACACACUAGCCCAUGGUCAUUAUAGUAUAGAAGGAGAUGAUAUAUGGCCAGAACUUGAGGAAGAUGGAGGGAACUGGAACGAGGAAGAGAAAGGACUAAUGAGAGACCUUCUACAUUACAUAGCCUGA